UUUUUUUUUUUUUUUUCUCUAAUUAAUUAUAUUAUUUAAAUAGUAUGUCAAUUCCUUCUAAUACAGCCUUUCAAUUUCAUUUUAAUAACGAGCAUAAUACCAAUAAUAGUUUUGAAGAAAUCGAUGAACGUUUAUUUGACAGCUAUUUAGAUAUUUCUGGAAACAAAAGUAUUUCUGAUUAUCGUAGAUCUUCUUCUGAUGAAGAAAAUGAAUUAUCUCAAAGAGUAUCAGCUAUCGGUACUGGCCGUAAAUCAUCACCAAGAAAUUCUUUAAAAAGAUAUUCAAAAUCUAAUAAGAAAGAGGAUUUAGAAUCUGAUAAUGAUUCUCUUAUCGAUAAAUCAAAAAAAUCACCUAAAACAAUAAAUAAGAAAUCUCCGGUUAUGACUCCUCAAGAAGUAGCGACAACGACUACUACUACCACUGCCGAGACUGAAAAGAAACAAAAGAGUCUUUAUAAGACAGAGUUAUGUCGUAAUUGGGAAGAAACUCAACAUUGUAGAUAUGGAGUUAAAUGUCAAUAUGCUCAUGGACCUUCUGAUUUACGUGAAGUAGACCGUCAUCCUAAAUAUAAGACACAAAAAUGUCGAACCUUUCAUCAAACAGGAUCUUGUCCUUAUGGAUCUCGUUGUACUUUUAGACAUUUCAAUCUUCCUGGUGAUGCUUUAGAAAUGAAAAAAUUAGAAAAAGAAGAUGAAAAGAAGAAGGAACAAGAGGCUAGUUUAACUCUUCCAUCCAUUCGACCUGAACAACAACCCCAAUUUCAACGUUCAUCCAUCUUUUCAACCGAGAAUCAAAAAGUACUUCAACAGAAUUGGUUCUUUGAUAACAGCAUUUUACCCAUUCACACUAAUAACAGUACUUUUGGUAACGAUACCGGUAGUCUAUUUACCAAAAGAAUGAUGCCAACAAUGAAUAAUCAACUAUUUGACUCUGAUGAUUCACUUUUACCCUCCAAUGCAGAAAGUUUACUUCCUCAUCAACUCCUAUUUGACUUGGAAUCCCCUGACGAAGACGAAAAGCAACAACACUCUUUUUCAGCUCGUUGUCCUCUUCGUAAUUAUGUCAAUUUACCUUCCCUUUCAAAUUUCCAAAUUCCCCAUCCAGUUUCUCAUAAUUUUCAACAACAACAGCAACAGCAACAACCACAACCGCAACAAAUAGAAUGUAAAUCUUUCUUUCGUCCUUGGUUAUUUUAAUUUAUUUAUUAUUUCAAUUAUUUAUUUCACUCGCAUUUAAUUUAUUAUCAUUAAACAAAGACAGUUUUCUUUGCCCUCACCUUUUUUUUUUCUUACAUAAUUUAUUCCCUCCCCACUUCUCAUUUUUUUUUUUUAAUUAUUAUUGUUUAUUGACAUUAAACUUUUCGGAUUCAAGUUCUGAAAUAAUAUAACCUUUUUUAUAUUCAU